UUCUAAAGUAUCAUCUCCAAUCAAACGGAGCUUUUAUCAUUUUCAAAAUCAAAUCGACGGCGACGAUGAGCGCAUCUCACCCGAAUCACGAUUCGGUAUCAACAACCGUAAUGGAGACGGUGAACGGAUCGCACCAAUUCACGAUCAAAGGCUACUCUCUCGCCAAAGGCAUGAGCCCGGGGAGGUACAUACAGAGCGACGUCUUCUCCGUGAACGGAUACGACUGGGUGAUCUACUUCUACCCCGACGGGAAGAACCCCGAGGAGAACUCCACCUACGUCUCCCUCUUCAUCGCCUUGGCGAGCGAUUCGAGCGACAUUAGGGCUUUGUUCGAGCUGACGCUGAUGGAUCAGAGCGGGAGAGGGAGGCAUAAGGUUCAUAGUCAUUUUGAUCGGGCGCUUGAAGGAGGGCCUUAUACGCUUAAGUAUAAAGGGAGUAUGUGGGGUUACAAACGCUUUUUAAGAAGAACAGCUUUGGAAGCAUCUGACUACUUGAAGGAUGAUUGUCUUAUCAUCAACUGUACUGUUGGCGUCGUUAGAGCUCGCCUUGAGUGUCCCAAACAGUUUGGCAUUGUGCCACCACCUUCAAACAUGGGCCAGGGAUUGAAAGACUUGUUAGAUUCUGAACUUGGCUGCGACAUUGCUUUCCAAGUCGGAGAGGAGACUUACAAAGCUCACAAACUGAUCCUUGCAGCACGCUCGCCGGUCUUUAGAGCUCAGUUCUAUGGACCAGUUGGGAAUAACAGUGUGGAUAGAGUAGUCAUAGAGGACAUGGAGCCUUCAAUCUUUAAGGCUAUGCUUAGCUUCAUCUACACGGAUGUACUUCCUGAUGUGCAUGAGAUUACAGGGUCUACUUCUACCGCUUCGUUCACGAACAUGAUACAGCAUCUCUUGGCAGCUGCUGACCUCUAUGACCUUGGGAGGUUAAAGAUACUGUGUGAAGCUUUUCUAUGUGAAGAACUAAACGUUGAUAAUGUGGCAACAACACUUGCACUAGCUGACCAACACCAGUUCUUGCAGCUCAAAGCCUUCUGCUUAAAAUUUGUUGCAUCUCCAGCAAAUUUGCGAGUCAUGUGUUUUGGUGCAGCCGUAAUGAAGUCAGAAGGUUUCAAGCACUUGAACCAGAGCUGUCCCUCUGUGUUGCCUGAGUUGCUAAACACAGUUGCAGCAGCGGAUAAGAGCUCGACGUCGUCGAGUGGACAGUCAAGCAAGAAAAGAAGUGUGAGCAGUGUGUUGGGCUGUGAUACAAGCACAACAAAUGCGAGACAGGUGAGGAGGACGUAGGUAGGAUCGACCCAAGUGCAAGUAAUGCUUUAGUCUGAUGCUACUUUGCUAGACUUUUUACUUAUUGUAAUGAAAUAAUUGUUUGUAGUAUGUCUACAGUUAGUGUAAAGCUUUAGGCAAUGGAACAUCUGUUUGGCUUUGCGUGUUUAUAAAAGCUUUGGAUAAUACUAGGUUAAAAGCUUUGGAGUUAAUAGUC